AUGUUGAGGUCGGUUGUGGUGUUUGUAUUCGUUUUUUUAUUCAGCCUCUCACAAUCAAAAAAAGACGUGGAUUACUGCAUCCUUGAUUGUAAUGGUGAAACUAACACAAAGUGUAGAAGAUCAGAUUGUUCACCAGUUCCGGGAUGUAAAGAAGAACCAAUGACUGAUGAUAUUAGAAGGUACUUUGUGGACGUCCACAACAAAUUACGAAAUCAGCUUGCUCUAGGUGAAGAUUUGAAUUUUAAGGAUACCGUUUCGAAUAUGAGAGCCAUUAGUUAUGAUACGGAAUUGGAAGAAAUGGCUCGGUGUCAUGUCAAUGAAUGCAAAUUUGGUGGUUCCAACGUUCAUGACAAGUGCAGGCGUACUAGUGCAUUUAAAUGGGUGGGACAAAACGUUCACUACGACAAGAGCAGUUCUUUUUCCAAUAGUUGGCUCUAUCCGAACAAUACACUAUACGUCGUAAACAGUUGGUACAAAGAAAUCAUUUAUUUAGAUCCGAGCACCUAUGAAUAUUUUAGAUACAAACUAAAAGACGGUAUAAAGAAUGAGAAACAAGUAGGGCAUUUUACCCAGUUGGUUUGGGCAGACACCUACAAAAUUGGAUGUGCAAGAGCAACAAAAAAAUUCGAUCAGUCUGUUUACAAACAUGGAAUUUUAUUUGUGUGUAACUAUGGUCCUGGUGGCAAUAUACGUAGUAGGCAAAUAUUAAAAAAAGGAAGCCCUUGUUCGAACUGUCCAGCUAAUUUAACUUGCAACUCUAAGUAUGCUGGUUUGUGCGGAGAAGUUGACAAAAUCAGCGGGGGUAAUCAGAUUAAAUCCGUUUAUACUCCAAUUGCGUCUGUUUUUAUUUGUGCGUACUUAAUUUUUUAAU